AUGCGCACUUGUGUCUAGCGGCUUCGCUUGCUUGGUAACCCGGAGGGAAAGAUUGGAAACCGCGGAGUUUCCUCUGGGAGGCCGCGGCCAGCCGGGGCUGACUUGCUAUGUUGGGCUCCGGGGGCCGUUAAGAGCCGAGAGAGACAUGAGGUGUCUCUGAAGCCCGGUCGCCUGGGCAAUGAAGAAGAUUUUUAGCAAGAAGGGCGAAUCGCCCUUGGGCUCCUUCGCGCGGCGGCGGAGGAGCAGCGCGGGCGGCGGGGGCGAGCCCGGGGAGGGCGCCUACUCGCAGCCUGGCUACCACGUCCGAGACCGAGAUCUCGGCAAGAUUCACAAAGCUGCCAGCGCGGGUAAUGUGGCGAAAGUGCAGCAGAUCCUUUUGCUCAGGAAGAAUGGCUUGAACGAUAGAGACAAGAUGAACAGGACGGCUCUACAUUUGGCCUGUGCCAAUGGUCAUCCAGAAGUAGUAACUCUCCUGGUGGACAGAAAAUGCCAGCUCAACGUCUGUGACAACGAAAACAGGACAGCUCUGAUGAAGGCUGUACAAUGCCAGGAAGAGGAAUGUGCAACUAUUCUACUAGAACAUGGUGCUGAUCCAAAUCUUGCCGAUGUCCAUGGCAACACUGCUCUCCACUAUGCUAUCUAUAAUGAGGACAUACCAGUAGCAACAAAGCUGCUUUUGUAUGAUGCAAAUACUGAAGCAAAAAACAAGGAUGACCUCACACCACUUCUACUUGCAGUAAAUGGAAAAAAGCAGCAAAUGGUGGAAUUUUUAAUAAAGAAAAAAGCAAAUGUAAAUGCAGUGGAUAAGUUGGAAAGCAGUCACCAACUAAUUUCAGAAUAUAAAGAAGAAAGGAUACCUAAAAAUUCUUCUCAAAAUAGUAAUUCAGUGGAUGAGAGCUCUGAAGACUCCUUAAGCAGGCUUUCUGGCAAACCAGGCGUUGAUGAUUCAUGGCCUACCUCAGAUGAUGAAGACCUCAAUUUUGAUACCAAGAAUGUCCCAAAACCAAGCUUAGCAAAGCUAAUGACUGCUUCUCAGCAAUCCAGGAAAAAUUUAGAAGCAACAUAUGGCAUUGUGAGAACAGGAAGCAGAACUUUGUUUGAGGAUAGAGAUUCUGAUAGUCAAGAUGAAGUUGUGGUUGAAAGCCUUCCUACAACAUCAGUCAAAGCCCAGGGCUUUUCUCAUCCUACCUGUCAAUCACCUGACCCCCUUCCAAAACCUUCCCACAAGUCGUUAGCAAACCCUGGUCUUAUAAAGGUAAGUGAAAAGUGCAACAAAAAAAUUAAUAGAAGUGAUAUGAUGUCCGCAUUAGGAUUAGGACAAGAGGAAGAUAUAGAAUCACCUUGGGAUUCUGAGAGUAUCUCUGAGAAUUUUCCGCAGAAGUAUGUUGAUCCUUUAGCUGGGGCUGCAUAUCGAAAAGAAAAAAAUAUAGGAAAUGAACAAGCAGAAGAUAUGUUUUAUAUACCUUCUUGCAUGAGUGGACCAAGAAACUUUAAGAUGGCUAAACUAGAGGAUACAAGAAAUGUAGGCAUGCCAGUAGCCCACAUGGAGUCUCCUGAAAGAUAUCUUCACUUGAAGCCUGCCAUUGAAAUGAAAGAUUCUGUUCCAAAUAAAGCAGGAGGAAUGAAGGAUGUACAAACAUCCAAAGCAGCUGAACAUGACUUAGAAGUGGCAUCAGAAGAAGAGCAAGAAAGGGAAGAAAGUGAAAAUCACCAGCCACAGGUUGAAGAAGAAAGGAAAAAACACAGAAAUAGUGAAAUGGAAAUAUCAGCAAACAUACAUGAUGGUGCUACUGAUGAUGAAAAUGAUGGAUUAAUUCAAGAAAGAAGGAGUGGAGAAACUGAUCAUCAGCAAUUUCCCAGGAAGGAAAAUAAAGAGUAUGCUAGUAGUGGUCCUGCCUUGCAAAUGAAGGAAGUAAAGAGAACUGCGAAAGAAUCUGUGAAUUCACCAGUGUUUGAGAAAGCCGGUUUACUAACUGGUGGCCUGCUACAAGUGGAUGAUGACAGCAGUUUAAGUGAAAUAGAUGAGGACGAAGAAAGGCCUAGUAAGAAAACAUCUAAUGAAAAGAACAAGGUCAAAAACCAAAUACAGUCUAUGGAUGAUGUUGAUGACUUAACUCAGUCAUCUGAAACAGCCUCAGAGGAUUGUGAGCUGCCCCGCUCUAGUUACAAGAAUUUUAUGUUGCUCAUUGAACAACUUGGAAUGGAGUGUAAAGAUUCUGUUAGCCUAUUGAAAAUCCAGGAUGCAGCUCUUUCAUGUGAAAGAUUAUUAGAACUUAAAAAAAAUCACUGUGAACUACUUACAGUAAAAAUUAAAAAAAUGGAAGAUAAGGUUAAUGUACUACAAAAGGAGCUAUCUGAAACAAAAGAAAUAAAAUCACAGUUAGAGCAUCAAAAAGUUGAAUGGGAACGAGAACUGUGCUCUUUGAGAUUUAGCUUAAACCAAGAAGAAGAGAAGAGAAGAAAUGCUGAUAUGUUGUAUGAAAAAAUUAGGGAACAGUUAAGAAGGAAAGAAGAGCAAUAUAGGAAAGAAGUUGAAGUGAAACAACAGCUUGAACUGAGUCUCCAAACACUGGAGAUGGAAUUGAGGACUGUAAAAAGUAAUUUGAAUCAGGUCGUACAAGAGCGAAAUGACACUCAGAGGCAACUUUCUCGAGAACAGAAUGCCAGAAUGUUACAAGAUGGAAUUCUGACCAAUCACCUUUCCAAACAAAAGGAGAUUGAAAUGACUCAAAGGAAAAUGAAUUCUGAGAAUUCUCAUAGUCAUGAAGAAGAAAAAGACCUACUGCAUAAAAAUAGCAUGUUGCAGGAAGAAAUUGCUAUGCUAAGACUAGAAAUAGACACGAUAAAAAAUCAAAACCAGGAAAAAGAAAAGAAAUGUUUUGAGGACCUUGAAAUUGUAAAAGAAAAGAAUGAAGACCUUCAGAAGACUAUAAAGCAGAAUGAGGAAACAUUAACACAAACAAUAUCCCAGUAUAAUGGACGGCUUAGUGUUCUGACAGCUGAGAAUGCAAUGCUAAAUUCUAAACUGGAGAGUGAAAAGCAAAGCAAGGAAAGACUAGAAGCAGAAGUUGAAUCAUACCGUUCGAGAUUGGCUGCUGCUAUACAUGAUCGUGAUCAAAGUGAGACAUCAAAAAGAGACCUAGAACUUGCUUUCCAGAGAGCAAGAGAUGAGUGGUCUCGUUUACAGGACAAAAUGAAUUUUGAUGCGUCUCACCUAAAAGAUAACAAUGAGAUUCUUUCUCAACAACUAUUUAAAACUGAAAGUAAACUCAAUAGCCUAGAAAUUGAGCUCCAUCACACAAGAGAUGCCCUCAGAGAAAAGACUUUGGGUUUAGAACGGGUACAAAAGGACCUAAGCCAAACCCAGUGUCAAAUGAAGGAAAUGGAACAAAAGUAUCAAAAUGAACAAGUUAAAGUGAAUAAAUACAUUGGAAAGCAGGAGUCUGUAGAGGAGAGAUUGUCUCAACUACAAAGUGAGAAUAUGCUGCUUCGACAACAACUGGAUGAUGCCCACAACAAGGCUGACAAUAAAGAGAAGACAGUGAUUAAUAUUCAAGACCAGUUUCAUGCUAUUGUGCAAAAACUUCAAGCUGAGAGUGAAAAGCAAAGUCUUCUGCUAGAAGAAAGAAAUAAGGAGUUAAUCAGUGAAUGUAAUCACUUAAAAGAAAGACAGUAUCAAUAUGAAAAUGAAAAGGCAGAAAGAGAAGUUGUUGUGAGACAACUUCAACAAGAACUGGCUGAUACCCUAAAAAAACAAUCUAUGUCAGAGGCUUCACUGGAGGUUACAUCACGUUAUCGUAUUAAUUUAGAGGAUGAGACACAGGAUUUAAAGAAGAAAUUAGGUCAAAUCAGAAAUCAAUUGCAAGAAGCACAGGAUCGACAUACAGAAGCUGUCAGAUGUGCUGAGAAGAUGCAAGAUCACAAGCAAAAGCUUGAAAAAGAUAAUGCCAAGUUAAAAGUUACAAUCAAAAAGCAAAUGGACAAAAUUGAGGAGCUUCAGAAAAACCUGUUAAAUGCAAAUUUGUCUGAAGAUGAAAAGGAACAAUUAAAGAAACUUAUGGAAUUAAAACAGUCUCUGGAAUGUAAUUUGGAUCAGGAAAUGAAGAAAAAUGUUGAAUUAGAAAGAGAGAUAACUGGAUUUAAGAACCUCUUAAAAAUGACAAGAAAGAAGUUAAAUGAAUAUGAAAAUGGAGAACUUAGUUUUCAUGGAGAUUUAAAAUCUAGUCAAUUUGAAAUGGAUAUUCAGAUUAAUAAGCUAAAACAUAAGAUUGAUGAUCUUACAGCAGAACUGGAGACUGCAGGUUCAAAAUGUCUACAUCUGGAUACAAAGAAUCAAGUUCUUCAACAGGAGUUGUUAUCUAUGAAAACAAUACAAAAGAAAUGUGAAAAACUGCAGAAGAAUAAAAAGAAGUUGGAACAAGAAGUGAUCAACCUGAGAAGUCAUAUAGAAAGGAAUAUGGUAGAACUUGGUCAAGUCAAACAGUAUAAACAGGAGAUUGAAGAAAGAGCAAGACAGGAAAUAGUAGAAAAAUUAAAAGAAGUCAAUCUAUUUUUACAGGCACAAGCAGCAUCUCAAGAAAACUUAGAGCAGUUAAGAGAGAAUAAUUUUGCUUCAAUGAAAAGUCAGAUGGAACUCAGAAUUAAAGAUCUGGAAUCUGAACUCUCCAAAAUAAAAACUUCUCAAGAAGACUUUAAUAAAACCGAACUGGAAAAAUAUAAGCAACUCUAUCUAGACGAAUUAAAAGUUAGAAAGUCCUUGUCAAAUAAACUAAACAAAACUAAUGAGAGGCUAGCAGAGGUCAGCACCAAACUUCUUGUGGAAAAACAGCAGAGCAGAUCUUUGUUCACCACUCUCACUACCAGGCCAGUCAUGGAGCCACCUUGUGUUGGAAAUCUUAAUAACAGUUUAGAUCACAACAGAAAACUUAUUCCAAGAGAAAACUUAGUGAUCUCUUCCUCAAAUCCACGGACUUCAAAUAAUAGCGUGGAGAACUACUUGAGCAAGAUGCAGCAGGAGUUAGAAAAAAAUAUAACUAGAGAACUCGAAGAAGCUACUGCUGAAUUGGAAUCUGGAUCAAUAGCUUCUCCUCUAGGAUCUACUGAUGAGUCAAAUCUAAAUCAAGAUCUGGUUUGGAAAGCAUCAAGAGAAUAUGUACAGGUUUUAAAGAAAAAUUAUAUGAUCUGAAAGAUAAAAUUUUAUUACUGGGCUGUUUAUGUGACAUUUUAAUUGUUUCUCAUUAAAUAUUAAUAUAUGACAUGUAAAAAUCUUUAUUAAAGGAAAAUAUUUUUGUAUCAUAUGUGUCAGAUCAAAAUUUGUAUAGUAUUUUAAACAAUGUAACUUGGCUUCUUUAACUUUUAAGUGGAUUUUGCCAGUGAAAACCAGGAAUAUUGAGUUUUACAUACUCAAAGUGCCCAAAUGUCAGCUGUUUAAACAGCCAAACCACGAAGUUGUCAUAAAUACUUUAGUGCAGUUAAUUGAUGACUUAUUUGUAUUUUGUAAUUUUUAUCACUAUAUGUAGUGGUAGAGUUGGACUUAGACGUCAUUUUGUUGUGCAGGAACUAUGGUCAUUGUUCAUGUUUGGAUGUAUUAACAAUCGUUACAGUGCCAUCAAAUAUACACAAUUUUAAGCACUGAUUUAUAUAGCUCUUCUCAGGGAGAAAUAAGAUUUGCCUAAUUCACCUUUUCUGUUUGUUUAUUUAUUUCUAAUUAACCUUUUGGAAAUAGUCUUCAAUUUAGAGAAAAUUUCCAAAUUUUAAUACAAAGACUUUCCCCUCUGAACCAUUUGAGAGUAAAUUGCUGACAUUAUGCCAUCACCCCUGAUUACUUUAGUGGGCAUUCCUACAAGUCAGGACAUUCUAUGUAACUACAGUGCAAACAUUGCAAUCAGAAAGUCAACAUUAAUACAUUCUAGUUUGUUACUUCUCUGUAAUGUCCUUUAUAACAAAAGGAUCCCAUUCCAAUCCACGGCUUGUAUUUAGUUGUUGUAUCUCUUAGAUUCUUUCAGUCUGGAACAGUUCCUCAGUCUUUCCUUGACCUUCAUGACCUUGAGUAUUUUGAAGAGUAAAGUCCAGUAAUAUAGAAUGUCCCUUAAUUGGGUUUCAUGGUGAUUAGAUUUAGAUUACAUGAGUUUUUGGCAGGAGUAUCACAGAAGUGACCCAGUGAUCUUCUCAUUGCAUCUUACCUGUGACCCUACAGUUUUGAUUUGCCCUGUUACUGGCAAUGUUAGCAUUGAUCACUAACAGUGCUAUCUGCUGAAUUUCUCCUCUGUAAUGUUAUUUUUUCACCUUGUGGUUAAUUAGUAUUUUAUGGGGAGGUAAUUUGAGACUAUGUACAUAUCUCUGUUCCUCAUCAAACCCUCAAUUUAUUCAUUUACUUCUAUCAAUAUGGGUUCAUGGUUUAUUUUAUUCAAUGGGUUAUCAUUCAUUAAUAUCAUUAUUAAAAUUUGUUUUUCUUUUAAGAAAUACUCUAUUUUGACAAUUUCAGACUUACAGAAAAAUUGUAAGAGGUAGUACAAAUAAUUUUUGGAUAUUAUUCCCUAAAUGUUAACAUUUUACUACAUUUACUUCAUCCUUUCUCCCCCUUUUCCUCCUCUGUCUCUAGAUAAAUAUGAAUAUAGGUGCUUAUGACAGAUAUUUUUUCUGAACUGUUUGUAGGUUGCAGACA